ACAUCCAUCUUCCAUACCAUAUUGAAACCAUAAUCAUGAGGGAAAAUUUCCAUGCUAUGCUUAUUCUAGUGGCUAUAUUGUUCUUUGGAGCUGCAGAGUUCUGCUUCGGUCGGAACACGAGCUUCAGCUGUAUAGAGGGGGAGAGAGAAGCCCUCUUGAAGUUCAAACUUUGUUUCAAUGAUUUAUCUGAUAUGUUGUCUUCUUGGAAAGGCUAUGAUUGUUGUGAAUGGAGAGGAGUAGGCUGUGACAAAAAUAGCAGACAUGUUGUCUCGCUUCAACUCAGGGGAUCCGUAUUUGAUCAACCUCAAUUGUACUUAAUUGAUGAUGUAGAGGAGGUUGUUUCAAGUUUGCUCAAGCUGAGAUACUUGGCACACCUGGACUUGAGCGGAAAUAACGUCAACAGCAGCCUUGUUCCGCCCUCCUUUGGUUUGAUGAAGCAGCUAAGGUACUUAAAUCUCUCUUCUGUGAACUUCAAAGGAAGAAUUCCUGGUGAACUCGGAAAUCUUACGAGGCUUCGUGUUCUUGAUCUUUCUGAUAAAUAUUUUGAACAAUUGGAGGUUGAUGACGACAUUCAGUGGAUUUCUCGUCUCCCAUCUUUGCAACAACUUGAUAUGAGUGGAGUAAAUUUGAGCCGUACCUCAUCCAACUUGUUCCAGGUACUUGGGAUGCUUCCUUCAUUAUCAUGGUUGAGUCUACCAUCCUGUAGUCUCAACAAUUCUCACCUAUUGUCUCAUAGCCCUCCCUUUAAUUUUACAUUUCUUGGAAAUAUUAAGUACUUAGAUCUUUCACAGAACUCUUUCCAAGGUCCAAUACCUCUAUUUCUCCAAAACAUGACUUCCUUGAAAUUUCUUGAUCUUUCUAAUAGUCACUUGAGUGGGAAUAUUUUCGAUAGCAUUGGACAACUUUCUAAAUUAAAGAGCCUAGAUUUCUCUGACAAUCAAUUGAGUGGAAGUAUUCCAGAUAGCAUCGGACAACUUUAUAAGUUAAAAACCCUAUAUCUUUUUGGCAAUCAAUUAAGUGGAAGUAUUCCAGAUAGUAUUGGACAACUUUCUAAAUUAGAGACCCUAUCUCUUUCUACCAACCAAUUGAGUGGGGGUAUUCCCAAUAGUAUCGGGCAACUUUCUAAGUUAAAGAGUAUAGAACUUUCUAAUAAUCAAUUGAAUGGGAUGAUCCCAGAUAGUAUUGGUAAACUUUCCAACCUAGAAAUCUUGUAUGUUCAAUAUAAUUCCUUAGGAGGUGUCAUUUCAGAAGCUCACUUUGCAAACCUCUCCAAGUUGAUACAGUUAGACAUUGGGCUUAACAACUUGAGUUGUGAGAUGAAAUCUGACUGGAGACCUCCUUUCAACCUUAGUUAUAUCUCCAUGUACUCUUGUAAACUUGGAACAAGAUUUCCUGAAUGGCUUCAAUUCCAGAAGACAACAACCAUGGUUGAUCUCUCUUUUACUGACAUCUCGGGACCUCUUCCAGAAAACAUCGGUCAUAUGAUGUCAGAGCUACAGGAAUUAUAUCUUGCAAAUAACCUCUUGAAUGGUUCAAUUCCAAAGUCGUUAUGCAAUUCAAAAUCUUUGCAAAUUCUUGAUCUCUCAAACAAUAUGUUAUCUGGAAAUAUUCCUAAGUCACUGUGCAAUUCAAAAGCUUUGGCAGUUCUUGAUCUCUCAAGCAACAUGUUAUCUGGAAGUAUUCCUAACUGUUGGAGAAAUGAUCAAGCAUUCUAUUUUAUGGAUCUGUCUUCCAAUAAUCUAUCGGGUUUAUUUCCAAGCACAAUUAGGCAACUUUCUUUCCUACGGGCACUACAGUUGAGCAACAAUAGUCUACAUGGGGAACUACAUGUGGCCGUGAGAAACUUCACUUCCCUAACGGUUUUGGAUUUGGGUGAGAAUAAAUUUUCUGGAAACCUAACAUGGAUUGGGGUGUGUGAAAUUGACCAUCACUCUCUAAAGGUCCUCCGACUGCGAAAAAAUUUAUUUUCUGGUUAUAUUCCUUUAGAACUGUGCUCACUCUCUCAAUUGCAAAUUCUGGAUCUUGCAGAUAACAAUCUGACAGGAAAGAUUCUUCCUUGUUUUGGAAAAUUUCCGACUAUGGUGAAUGCAACACAUUUGAACCCUGACAAUGAUGACGAUUAUUAUUUGUUUUGGACGCAAUUGAUGCAGGUUGUGAAAGGGAGAAACCUUGAGUAUUGGAAAAAACCCCUAGGACUCCAGAUAAGUAUAGAUCUUUCAGGUAACAAUCUAGUGGGAUCCAUUCCUGAAGAGUUAGUUUUACUUAAAGGAUUGCACAAUUUGAACCUAUCUUGGAAUCAUCUCCUAGGAGAGAUCCCUAAGAAUAUUGGACAAAUGGAGAAUUUAGAAUCUCUUGAUCUAUCCCAAAAUGAGCUAUCGGGAAUGAUUCCAAACAGCAUGUCAAGUUUAACCAAGUUAAGCCACCUUAACUUGUCAUACAACUACUUGUCAGGGCCAAUUCCAACAAGCACUCAGCUCCAAACACUCGAAGAUCCUACCAUUUACGCUGGCAAUCCUCAACUUUGUGGAGCUCAACUCCCAAAGAAAUGUUCAAAUGAUUCAUUGCCUCCGAAAACCCCCAACUCCAAGGACAGCAAUAAAGAUGCAUUUGAAAAAAUGUGGUUUUACAUUUUCUUGAUGUCAGGCUUUGCAACUGGAUUCUGGGGAGGAGUCCUCUAGAACUUUUUGCUGUUUUUCCUUUAGAUUUUAUUUUCAUAAGGCAGUGCAGUCUGUAGUAUAAGUGUUUGAGAUACUGCUUGUUUGCUCCUGAUGGUUUAUAAGUAAGAAUUUGGUAACAGUAUGAUGAUUUAAUGUAACUGGCAUAUAUAGCAGAUUCAAUGCCAAUUAAGUCUGCUUCUCUUUUUUGUUUUACAUCUGGUUUCAAGAAAGUUAAGAGGCAGGGAUCAUGAGCUUGAUUAGUAAUUUACUGAAGUACAGCAUCUGAGGAAAAGAAUAUGUAGCAAAAUUAGUGGAAACACGUUACGAUCAAGAAUGUGGGUUAUUGAUGCUUUUCUUAGUUUGAUUUUAGAUAUAUGAUAUAAUGGAAAACUGUUGUGGAAGUUUAAUGGUGGAAGCAUGUUGGCUUUUGUCUGAAUGGGCAUUAGGAGGUAAAUGAUGCAGGUUUGUUUAGUUUUGCCGAGUUGCAUUAUUUCUGGUAGCUCCAUAAACAGUUGCACGAUUU